AUGGAAUAUGUGCCAAAUAAUCCUCCUGUUAUUAACAAUGAUCAAACUAAAUCUGUACCUAACAUGGUUUCUAACAACGUAUCCAACUCUUUAACGAAUGACCUUAAUUACAUUGUUUUAGUUGAAACCUCAGUUAAUGACAUUAGAUCUAAAAUUAGAGAAAUCUCAA